AUGGCGGCGGCGGCGGCGGCUCCGGGGGGCGGGGGCGGGGAGCCCCGGGGAGCCGGUGGGGUGGGCCCGGGGGUCCCGGGGGAAGUGGAGGUCGUGAAGGGGCAGCCGUUCGACGUGGGCCCGCGCUACACGCAGCUCCAGUACAUCGGCGAGGGCGCGUACGGCAUGGUCAGCUCUGCUUAUGACCACGUGCGCAAGACCCGGGUAGCCAUCAAGAAGAUCAGCCCCUUCGAGCAUCAGACCUAUUGCCAGCGCACUCUGCGGGAGAUUCAGAUCUUGCUGCGUUUCCGCCAUGAGAAUGUCAUAGGCAUCCGAGACAUUCUUCGGGCACCCACCCUGGAAGCCAUGAGGGAUGUGUACAUCGUUCAGGACCUCAUGGAGACAGACCUGUACAAGCUGCUUAAGAGCCAGCAGCUAAGCAACGACCACAUCUGCUACUUCCUCUACCAGAUCCUCCGAGGCCUCAAGUACAUCCACUCAGCCAAUGUGCUCCACCGGGACCUGAAGCCCUCCAACCUGCUCAUCAAUACCACCUGUGACCUCAAGAUCUGUGAUUUUGGUCUGGCCCGGAUUGCUGACCCUGAGCAUGACCACACUGGCUUUCUGACGGAGUAUGUGGCCACGCGCUGGUACCGGGCUCCAGAGAUCAUGCUUAACUCCAAGGGCUACACCAAGUCCAUUGACAUCUGGUCUGUGGGCUGCAUUCUGGCUGAGAUGCUCUCCAACCGGCCCAUCUUCCCUGGCAAGCACUACCUGGACCAGCUCAACCACAUUCUGGGUAUCCUUGGCUCCCCAUCCCAGGAGGACCUGAAUUGUAUCAUCAACAUGAAGGCCCGAAACUACCUACAGUCUCUGCCCUCUAAGACCAAGGUGGCCUGGGCCAAGCUUUUUCCCAAGUCUGAUUCCAAAGCUCUUGACCUGCUAGACCGGAUGUUAACCUUCAACCCCAACAAGCGGAUCACAGUGGAGGAAGCCCUGGCUCACCCCUACCUGGAGCAGUACUAUGACCCAACAGACGAGCCUGUGGCUGAGGAGCCCUUCACUUUUGACAUGGAGCUGGAUGAUCUCCCCAAGGAGCGGCUGAAGGAGCUGAUCUUUCAAGAGACGGCCCGCUUCCAGCCAGGGGCACCAGAAGCCCCCUAACCUGGACAGAAGACAUCCUUGCCCCUGGGGCCUGGCCCUGCUCCUACCUGCCCCCUCCUGCUGGAUUGUUGAAAAGUGGACACUGCUCAACGCAGGCCCUAGCAGCCCAAGCCAGACCAAGGGUGGGCGGGGCCACCUUCUCUCACUUUGCUGGGGUCUCCUGCUUCUGGCAGUCUCCUGCCACCAUCCACUACCCCUUCUCUCCUCAAGGCCUGAGUGGUGAGGAGUCCCAGAGCUGAUCUUUCUGCUGCUCUGCCUUCAUUUACCCAUGCUAGCCCAAACUCUGGUAGACCAUUCUGGAAUGGAAGGAUUCUGGUUUCCCUAGGUCCUGUGGAGGGGCAGGAGCCACUGACUAGGGACUCAGGGCGAGCCCUGCCCCACUCACCUCAUCAGAACUCCACCCUAUUUUCCCCGACAGAACAUUCCUAAGUCUCAAGGGCUAGUAUCCCUGAAGAGCCAGGCCUAGGCCAAACCCCUCCCUCUCAAAGCUGCCACUUGUAACACCCUUGCUGCUUCUGUGUGUGGGUGAGUGAAGUGGGGGUGGGGGCUCAUGAAGAGCUGGUAACCCCUGCCCACCUCCCUGUGCCUAUAUCUAAUAUAUAAAUAUAGAGAUGUGUAUAUGGA